AAUGAAACUAGAACACACCCUCACACCAUGCACAAAAAUAAACUCCAAAUGGCUGAAAGACUUAAAUAUACGACAGGACACCAUCAAACUCCUAGAAGAAAACAUAGGCAAAACACUCUCUGACAUCAACAUCAUGAAUAUUUUCUCAGGUCAGUCUCCCAAAGCAAUAGAAAUUAGAGCAAAAAUAAACCCAUGGGACCUCAUCAAACUGAAAAGCUUUUGCACAGCAAAGGAAACCCAAAAGAAAACAAAAAGACAACUUACAGAAUGGGAGAAAACAGUUUCAAAUGAUGCAACGGACAAGGGCUUAAUCUCUAGACUAUAUAAACAAUUUAUACAACCCAACAGCAAAAAAACUAAUCAAUCAAUGGAAAAAUGGGCAAAAGACCUGAACAGACAUUUCUCCAAAGAUGGCCAACAAACACAUGAAAAAAUGCUCAACAUCACUGAUUAUAAGAGAAAUGCAAAUCAAAACUACCGUGAGAUAUCACCUCACACCAGUCAGAAUGGCCAUCAUUAAUAAAUCCACAAAUAACAAGUGCUGGAGGGGCUGUGGAGAAAAGGGAACCCUCCUGCACUGUUGGUGACAGAUAAAAUCUUUUAAAAUUUAAGUCAGUGUGGGGGAAAUAAUAAAAGGAGUAGUAAUAGUUGAAAAAAAUUGGCAUCUACUUGGUUAAUCUCUGAUAUCCUUUGGGCUAGUGUGUAGUUUUUCUAAGAGUUGAAUAUCAAUUCUAAAGAUGGCAAUGAAGUUUAAAGAAAAAAAAAUCCUUCAUUGUUGAUUUUUUUUUUUUAUUUCCCCCAGAAAACUCACCACAAUUUUCUGGCACAGUUCCUAGGAAAUCUAUUUUUAAAGUUAAUUGACCCUGUUUUCCCUGCUUGUCUACCCACUUGCUAUGGAAUGUGAGCAGUUCAAAAAGUGUCAGAUGUUGAAUGUAAGUGCUAAGUAAUAUUGGUCAUCAGUAAUACCCCUCAGUCACAAAGUGUCUUGGAAGGCAAAUAAGGAAAUAUCCAUGAUUCAAAAAGAAAUCCUCUUAGUGGCUCUCCAAAGAGGAAGUAAAUUAUAGUAUGGGAAUUUAUAUAAAGCUUAGCACAGAAUAUUUCCACAUGAUAAUAAUAGAACUUAUUAUAAUGCUAAACCACAGUUUUUCUCAUUAUGAAAAUUAUGUGCCCUAAUUGAUGCAUUCGGCUUGUCAGAGUAAUAAAUACAUGGCAUGACAGAAUGCUGACUCUCUGGUGAACAUUUUAAACACCAGAGGGCAGAGUGUUCCAUAGGCAUUUUCUUUAUUAUAAAUACAUUAUCCCAUUGUUAUUCAUUCUUUCAUGUCAUUGACUACAUUUUUAAAAGUAAGAAAUAUGGCCAUUUGAGAAUCUUCUAUGUAUAUGAAUGAUCUGUUUCAUUUAGACACAAUUAGUGGUGUUCUGAGAUAUUCUGGAGUUGGUUAAUCCAUGCCUUCCCUCCUUUUCUGGUUAAAGUUUGUAUUUCUGACUUUCUGAAAGUGACUGGUUUUUUUAAAGUCAUAUGUACAUCUAUAUCAUUUAGUGAAUUUCAUAAAUUCAGGGUUUUUUUAGUGAAUUAAGUAAAGUGAGGUAAAGAAGAUUGAUAUAUGUAUCUUGUAUCAAGUAAAAACUUGAUAUGUUGACUUUACUGAUAGGUUGAAUUUUUAUAUAUAAUAAAAAUUACCCUGAGAAAUCCCUAAAGUAUCAUUCAUAGCUUUCAUUAAACAGAAAUACCUCUUCUCAAUAUGUCCAAACCUACCAGUUUUUAAAAUACUUUUAUUGAUCAUCAGAUGAAUAAUUGUGUUAUGUGUACAGGCCACAUUAUAUGAUUUUUUAAGAAUGCAUUUUUUUCUCUUCUCUGUUAGUCAUUACUCUUCUGUUACAAGUUGAAGUCCUGGUCUGGAGCAAUAGCCAUUCCUAGGAAAGGAAGAGUGCUCGUUAGAAAUUUGGCCAAAGCUUGAAUUGCUAUAAUAAGUAAGAAGGAUACUUACUUAAUGCUGUGACAAUAAAGAUUUAAUAUAUUCACCUCUUCAUAAGUAUUAUCCUACCUUUAAUCACUCUAGAGUUUAGCACUGAUGGUUGCUCCUUAGAAAAAGCUUACAAAUGAAGAAGAUUGGGGGAAAAAAAAGUAAAAAAUAUAAAACUCUGUGUGAGGUUUAGAAUGGCUUGCCUAAAUUAAUCAUAAGGGAGUUAAAAAUUAGUAGUCAUGGGAAUAGCUUAGUCCCUUAAAUUGCUUUUGUUAAGCUCAAUUUUGCAAAAAAUACAACGUGUUUACUUUGUCUUUUAAAAUAUCUUAACCAUGUCCUCAUCCCUAUCAGCUCCUGCAGAGCAUAAGCAACAUUAAAGUGAAAGUUAGUGGGAAAAUUGUUUUCCAAGUGUGCAUUUUUUUUCCCAAAAUUAUUCUAGAAUCCAUCUAAUGGAUCAGUUCAACUGUAUUUGAGGAAGAGGGGAUCUUGCCCUCUUUUUCUUCAAAUACUAAGUUAUUGGUAUUCUGAAAUACACAAAGAGAAUUUCCCUCAAAAGUAACCGCUGGGGCAAGAAAAUACUUGAUUUAAAAAAAAAAAAAAAAAAAAACGCUAUAUAAGUUAGACUGUCACGGAAACAGAGAACUGAGGUGUGCUGCCCAUGGAAUUUUCAAAUCUAACACAAAUGCUCAUUUUUAGAUUUGCCUUACAGUUUUCUAGUUAGGUGAGAGAAAAAGGAAUUGAUCAUUUGAAACAGGUUUCUUAUAUUGCAUGAUCUUUAGUAUUACUAUUCUAUAGAAAUUGCUUAUGCUUCUUUGUUUCCAUGUUAUUUUCUAAAGAUGUUUGUAAGUCGUGUCAGGCAGUAGAAUUACCUUUACAUGAUCAUCUUAACCCUUUAACACUAUACCAGAGAAUCUCUGUUUUCUAUAAUUUUAAAAUGAAAUACCUCCUUGCAACAAAUUGGUGCAAAAGGUUGAUACCAAAUAAUCAAACAUAAAAAUUAGCCUGAACAAAAAUUCACUCUUUUAGGCUCUUUUCCAUGUUGUUGAGUUCCACUAAAAUCCAUUUUUCCUUUUUAUCUUUGCUAGUUUGCUUAAUUAGAUAUUUUUAAAUAAGGUGACAUAGAUUUUUAGAAUUUCAAGCCUUUGCAUUACAUUAUUUUAUUUCUAUAGUAUCUUUAGGAAGAAAGUAGAAAAUAUGUUAUUACCCAGACCCUACUGAAGAAUUUGAGGGUUGGAGUUAAGUAACUUACCCAGGGUUAUGUCUAGUACGCAACUGAGCCUUUUAUUACAACUACAGUUAGAAGACUAGCCAAGUACAUAUCCUUCCUACAACCAACAUUGCAGUCCUUUUUAUUCACAUUUUACUGAGGUUAUCAUCAGUAAAUUUAUGGAGAUUAAUACAACAAAAACCUGUGACUAACAAAUAUGUAAUUAUUCCAGAAUUAUUAUUGUGGCAGUAAUGCUGCCCACAUAAAAGAACAAUAGAGAACAAAUAAAUUUUACCUAAUUGUUUUGCUUUACUUUGUAUCUGAAAGUUUCAUUAAAUCUGUGGUGAUGGGAAAGAAGCACAUGUUGAUAAGAUGUAGAGCAAUUCCAUAUAGACUUGCCCUUUCUAAAUAGAUGAAUAGAUAGUGCUGAAGUGAACUAUGCUUCAGAAGGCUCAUGAAAGAUUUUUUUUUCCCCAUACAAGUCAUUUGAGAGCCGUGUUUAGAAUACUACAGCAAGAGUGCCAUUACCACUGUUAAACCAUGCAUUGACACUUUUCCUAGCUCCCUCUUCUCUCCUGAUUUUUUUUCUGAAGCUAUUUGCUGUCCACUGAAAGAGAAGGGAUUCUGCUGUAUUUCAGGGAGGUGAGGAGAAGCUGCAACAAGAGAAAAGUUCUUCAGGCCCAGAAGGGAAAGGUCUUCAGAAGCAUGAAAUGGAAUAGUAGCUCUUUCUCACCAGUGAUUGACACAAGGAAUUUCCUUGAUCAUGAGUAAAGGCUGUGAGCACUUUCAGGGCAGUUCAUGUCUUUUGAACCUUUCUGCAUCUGUAAGGAGUACAGGAGGUGGUAUGCCUGUCUUUGAAAUUGAAACCAUCACUACUAUGUUGGUCAAUCAAUGGUUCUGCAGCUUUGGUAUGUCUAAUGCUCCAUCUAAAUGAAAAGCAUAUCUAAUCAAGUUUUUAACGUCUCUACUUAUUUAAAAAUUAAUUUUCUGCUGUCUCACAAUUUAGAGAGUUCCUUAUUUUACCCAUUUGACCUAAUAAAUUAUGUUCAUAUUACAGGCACAUAUUAGCUUGCUAAAGUAUUAAUAAUCUUUUUAGAAACCUCAAUAUGUAGUUUUUUGUUUAGUGUCUACUUACUGUAUUUUGCAAUACGUAUUCACAUACUCUGAUGUAAGCAUUCUGAAGAGUAAAAUCUGAGGAGCAAUUAGUAAGAAAGGAGUUUAUAGCUUUAAGGCAUGAGGCGCUUACAGCUUUUUAAUAUAAAUUGUUCCCAGAAUCCAUGUCACAGCUCCUUAUAUGGUGCUGCUUUUUUCCCUUCGGUUGCUAUGACAACAGCAGCACUGCACCAUUCAUCAGCUCUGGACCUGGGCUGCAGUGCUAGCCUUCCCUGUUACUCCUGAAUGUUAAGAACAUCCGUGAAUCAUUCACUAUGUUAACGCUGCGCCAUUAGAAACCUAAGAACCAGUUCUUCCAGCAGUUUGCUCUAACAGAAGGGUAAACUAAACUGCGCCACAGAGAAAAAUUAUAUAAAAAUACUUCUUUUUUCCUAAGGGAGUUUACAGUCUAUAUUUGCUGCAGUAUUCUGAAAGGACAAGCUUAUGUCAAGCAAUCUAAUGAAAAGAACUCGUCUGUGUAAUCGUUCUUGAAAUCAUUAGCUGUUCAAAAUAGGUACCACGUUGCAUCUCUGGAUACAAAAAGAAGCAGGUGAUGUUGUUAGGGCUUCUGAGGUCCUUUGGGAGCAUCACAUGUGCUUUGGGACCAUAACCAGCAUCUGCUGUAAGAAGUAUCACCUGUAACGCACAGCAAGUUCUGGGCAGUGCGAAGAGCUGGCUGGAGAAGAUUAACGUGUGAAUCAUUACUGACGUGUCAAAUCUGAUAACAGCAUGACCAAUGAAUAAGAAGAAACCUUUCAGGUUUUCAGGAGAAAAGACUAUAUAGUAUUGAUUAAUGAGGAAGAAAAACUAAAGCCUCCCCUCUGAGGAAGGCAAAGUUUGUUGAGAGCCCACGAAUUCCAGAAUCCGAGCUUGGCUCACCAACCCUCACUUCAGCUCAGAAACUGGACGUGGAUGCAUACUGCCCUGGUGAUGCUGAACAGGAACUUGGUCCCCCUCCAUCUGUAGAUGAGGCAGCAAACACACUCAUGACUCGUCUGGGUUUCCUCCUUGGAGAGAAAGUCACAGAAGUUCAGCCAGGUGAUCAAUAUAACAUGGAAGUACAGGAUGAAAAUCAGACCUCAGCAAUCACCCAGCGGAUAAGUCCCUGUUCUACUCUGACCAGCAGCACUGCCUCUCCACCAGCCAGUAGCCCCUGCUCCACCCUCCCACCAGUCAGUACAAGUGCAGCUGCCAAGGACUGCAGCUAUGGGGCUGUCACUAGUCCAACCUCCACCCUUGAAAGCAGAGAUAGUGGUAUUAUUGCUACAUUGACAAGCUAUUCUGAAAACAUGGAACGCUCAAAAUACGUUGGGGAAAGCAGUAAAGAAUUGGGAUCUGGAGGAAACGUAAAACCUUGGCAGUCUCAAAAAUCCAGCAUGGAUUCCUGUUUGUAUCGAGUAGAUGAAAACAUGACAGCUUCCACCUAUAGUCUGAAUAAGAUCCCAGAAAGGAAUUUGGAAACAGUUUUAUCGCAGUCAGUACAGUCUAUUCCUCUUUAUCUUAUGCCACGGCCAAAUUCAGUAGCAGCCACAAGCUCUGCCCACUUGGAGGACCUCGCUUACCUGGAUGAGCAGAGACACACACCUUUGAGAACUUCCCUUCGAAUGCCAAGACAGAGCAUGGCUGGUGCUCGCACACAACAGGAUUUAAGAGUCCGCUUUGCACCUUAUAGGCCUCCGGAUAUCUCCCUGAAGCCUCUGCUCUUUGAAGUGCCCAGCAUUACUACAGAGUCGGUGUUUGUUGGCCGUGAUUGGGUCUUCCACGAAAUAGAUGCUCAACUUCAAAGUUCAAACGCCAACGUGAACCAAGGAGUCGUGAUUGUGGGAAACAUUGGGUUCGGCAAAACCGCCAUCAUCUCCAGACUGGUGGCCCUCAGCUGCCAUGGAACACGGAUGAGACAGAUUGCCUCAGACAGUCCACACGCCUCCCCCAAACAUGUGGAUGCCAACAGAGAGCUGCCACUCACACAGCCACCGUCAGCCCACUCCUCCAUCACCAGUGGAAGCUGCCCAGGAACUCCAGAAAUGCGCCGGCGACAGGAGGAGGCCAUGCGGAGACUCGCCUCGCAGGUGGUGGCCUAUCACUAUUGCCAAGCGGAUAAUGCCUACACCUGCCUGGUGCCAGAAUUCGUCCACAAUGUUGCUGCACUGCUCUGCCGCUCACCUCAGCUGGCGGCGUAUCGGGAGCAGCUCCUCCGGGAGCCCCACCUACAGAGCAUGUUGAGCCUUCGGUCCUGUGUUCAAGACCCCAUGGCCUCCUUCCGGAGGGGAGUCCUAGAGCCCCUGGAGAAUCUUCACAAAGAGAGAAAAAUCCCAGAUGAAGAUUUCAUCAUCUUGAUUGAUGGAUUAAAUGAAGCAGAAUUUCAUAAACCAGAUUAUGGGGAUACAAUUGUAUCAUUUCUGAGUAAAAUGAUUGGAAAAUUUCCUUCCUGGCUCAAACUAAUUGUAACAGUUAGGACCAGUUUACAGGAAAUUACCAAGCUGCUGCCUUUCCAUAGGAUAUUUUUGGACCGCCUAGAAGAGAAUGAAGCCAUAGACCAGGACCUGCAGGCUUACAUCCUGCACCGGAUACACAGCAGCUCAGAGAUCCAGAAUAACAUUUCCCUUAAUGGCAAAAUGGACAAUACUACAUUUGGCAAACUCAGUUCUCAUCUCAAGACCCUCAGUCAAGGGUCCUAUCUGUACCUGAAACUCACAUUCGACCUCAUAGAGAAAGGCUAUCUAGUGUUAAAGAGCUCUAGCUACAAAGUAGUUCCUGUUUCGCUCUCAGAGGUUUAUUUACUCCAGUGCAAUAUGAAGUUCCCAACCCAGUCUUCCUUUGACCGGGUGAUGCCUCUUCUGAAUGUGGCAGUGGCCUCUCUCCACCCCCUGACUGAUGAACAUAUCUUCCAGGCCAUCAAUGCUGGUAGCAUUGAAGGCACGCUAGAGUGGGAGGAUUUUCAGCAGAGAAUGGAGAAUCUCUCCAUGUUCCUAAUCAAGCGCAGAGACAUGACUCGUAUGUUUGUGCAUCCUUCUUUUCGGGAAUGGCUUAUCUGGAGAGAAGAAGGAGAGAAAACCAAAUUUCUCUGUGAUCCCAGGAGUGGUCACACAUUACUUGCCUUCUGGUUUUCCCGCCAAGAGGGAAAACUAAAUCGACAGCAGACUAUUGAACUGGGACAUCACAUCCUCAAAGCACACAUAUUUAAGGGUUUGAGUAAAAAAGUUGGCGUAUCGUCCUCCAUCCUUCAAGGUCUCUGGAUCUCCUAUAGCACAGAAGGUCUUUCCAUGGCCUUGGCAUCUUUACGAAACCUCUACACUCCAAAUAUAAAGGUCAGCCGACUGCUGAUUUUGGGAGGUGCCAACAUUAAUUACCGGACAGAAGUGUUAAAUAAUGCUCCAAUUCUGUGUGUCCAGUCUCAUCUUGGUUACACAGAAAUGGUGGCCCUGCUGUUGGAGUUUGGAGCCAACGUGGACGCCUCCUCUGAAAGCGGCCUGACCCCUCUGGGCUACGCCGCAGCGGCAGGCUUCCUCAGCAUUGUCGUGCUGCUGUGCAAGAAACGGGCCAAGGUGGAUCACUUGGAUAAGAAUGGCCAGUGUGCUCUGGUCCAUGCUGCACUCCGAGGUCAUCUGGAGGUUGUCAAGUUUCUGAUUCAGUGUGACUGGACAAUGGCGGGCCAGCAGCAAGGGGUGUUUAAGAAGAGCCACGCCAUCCAACAGGCCCUCAUCGCUGCAGCCAGCAUGGGCUACACCGAGAUUGUCUCCUACCUACUUGAUCUUCCAGAAAAAGAUGAAGAGGAAGUGGAGCGAGCACAGAUCAACAGCUUUGACAGUCUGUGGGGAGAGACAGCCCUGACAGCUGCUGCCGGAAGGGGCAAACUGGAGGUGUGUCGUCUGCUCUUGGAACAAGGGGCAGCAGUGGCCCAGCCAAACCGCCGAGGGGCAGUACCCCUGUUCAGCACUGUGCGCCAGGGCCACUGGCAGAUUGUUGAUCUUUUACUCACCCACGGAGCUGACGUCAACAUGGCGGACAAGCAGGGCCGCACUCCCCUGAUGAUGGCGGCUUCCGAAGGCCAUCUAGGAACUGUGGACUUCCUCCUUGCACAAGGCGCCUCCAUUGCUCUCAUGGACAAAGAAGGAUUGACGGCCCUCAGCUGGGCUUGUUUGAAGGGUCAUCUCUCAGUCGUCCGUUCUCUGGUAGAUAACGGAGCUGCCACAGACCAUGCUGACAAGAAUGGCCGCACCCCACUGGAUCUGGCCGCUUUCUACGGUGAUGCUGAGGUGGUCCAGUUCCUGGUGGAUCACGGGGCCAUGAUCGAGCAUGUCGACUACAGCGGAAUGCGCCCUUUGGAUAGGGCAGUGGGUUGCCGGAACACCUCUGUGGUUGUCACUCUUCUAAAGAAAGGAGCCAAGAUAGGUUGUCAGACGUUACCGAGUCGCCCACGAGGUCCAGCCACGUGGGCGAUGGCCACCUCCAAACCAGACAUCAUGAUCAUCCUGCUGAGCAAGCUGAUGGAAGAGGGGGACAUGUUCUACAAGAAAGGUAAAGUAAAGGAAGCCGCCCAGCGCUACCAGUACGCUCUGAAGAAAUUCCCUAGAGAAGGGUUUGGCGAGGACUUGAAAACCUUCCGGGAAUUAAAGGUGUCUCUCCUCCUCAACCUCUCUCGAUGUCGCAGGAAAAUGAACGAUUUUGGAAUGGCGGAGGAAUUUGCUACUAAGGCCCUGGAGCUGAAACCGAAAUCUUAUGAAGCUUACUAUGCAAGAGCAAGGGCAAAACGCAGCAGCAGCAGACAGUUUGCAGCAGCCUUAGAGGACCUGAACGAGGCCAUCAAGCUCUGUCCAAACAACCGUGAGAUUCAGAGACUUCUGCUGAGAGUGGAGGAAGAGUGUAGACAGAUGCAGCAGCAGCCGCCACAGCAGCCUCAGCAGCAGUUACCGGAAGAGACAGAGCCCGAGCCCCAGCAUGAAGAUAUCUACUCGGUGCAAGACAUAUUCGAGGAGGAGUACCUGGAACAGGAUGUUGAGAAUGUUUCCAUUGGCCUCCAGACGGAGGCUCGGCCCAGCCAGGGGCUCCCUAUCAUCCAGAGCCCGCCCUCCUCUCCAGCCCACCGUGACUCCGCCUACAUCUCUAGCUCACCUCUGGGCUCUCAUCAGGUUUUUGACUUCCGGUCCAGUAGUUCUGUGGGUUCUCCCACCAGGCAGAGCUUUCAGUCCACCUCACCUGCUCUUUCCCCGACUCACCAGAACUCGCAUUACAGGCCCAGCCCACCGCACACUUCCCCCGCUCAUCAGGGCGGAUCUUACCGCUUUAGCCCCCCUCCCGUGGGAGGGCAGGGCAAGGAGUACCCAAGUCCUCCCCCUUCCCCCCUCCGCAGAGGCCCCCAGUAUCGGGCCAGCCCUCCCGCUGAAAGCAUGAGUGUCUAUAGGUCCCAGUCAGGCUCCCCUGUGCGCUAUCAGCAAGAAGCGAGUGUUGGUCAGCUUCCUGGCAGACCCAAAUCUCCUCUGUCCAAAAUGGCCCAGCGGCCCUACCAGAUGCCCCAGCUUCCUGUGGCCGUUCCCCAGCAAGGGCUCAGGCUCCAGCCAGCCAAAGCCCAGAUCGUGAGAAGCAACCAGCCCAGCUCCGCUGUUCAUUCGAGUACCGUCAUCUCCACAGGGGCCUAUGGCCAAGUGGCCCAUUCGAUGGCUAGUAAAUACCAGUCCUCACAGGGAGACAUAGGAGUCAGUCAGAGCCGGCUGGUUUACCAGGGGUCCAUCGGGGGGAUUGUAGGGGAUGGGCGACCCGUGCAGCAUGUCCAGGCCAGCCUGAGUGCGGGUGCCAUCUGUCAGCACGGAGGGUUGGCCAAAGAAGACCUUCCUCAGCGGCCUUCCUCAGCCUAUCGAGGCGGCAUGCGAUACAGCCAGACGCCGCAGAUCGGGCGUAGCCAGUCUGCAUCCUAUUACCCGGUCUGUCACUCAAAACUAGAUCUGGAGCGUUCCUCCAGCCAGCUAGGUUCCCCUGAUGUGUCGCAUCUAAUCAGAAGACCUAUCAGUGUCAACCCUAGUGAAAUCAAGCCCCACCCGCCAACUCCCAGGCCGCUGCUGCACUCCCAAAGCGUAGGCCUUCGUUUCUCUCCGUCUAGCAAUAGUAUCUCAUCCGCCGCCAACCUGACUCCUACCUUCCGGCCAUCUUCCUCCAUUCAGCAGAUGGAGAUCCCGCUGAAACCGGCCUACGAUCGGUCAUGUGAUGAGCUGUCGCCCGUGUCUCCCACUCAGGGAGGUUACCCUAGUGAGCCCACCCGAUCCAGGACCACACCAUUCAUGGGGAUCAUAGAUAAAACAGCCCGGACUCAGCAGUACCCCCACCUUCACCAGCAGAAUCGGACCUGGGCAGUGUCCUCAGUGGACACCGUUCUCAGUCCCACGUCGCCAGGCAACCUGCCUCAGCCCGAGUCCUUCAGCCCGCCGUCAUCCAUCAGCAACAUUGCCUUUUAUAACAAGACCAACAAUGCACAGAAUGGCCAUUUGCUGGAGGACGAAUAUUACAGCCCCCACGGGAUGCUGGCUAACGGGUCCCGCGGAGACCUCUUGGAGAGAGUCAGCCAGGCCUCCUCGUACCCCGACGUGAAGGUGGCGCGGACCCUCCCCGUGGCUCAGGCAUACCAGGACAACCUGUACAGGCAGCUGUCCCGGGACUCUCGACAAGGGCAGACCUCCCCUAUCAAACCAAAGAGACCAUUUGUGGAGUCUAAUGUUUAAAAGACCGUUGGUUGGAGCGAGACCCAUAUGUUUUCACUGCACAUUUUCAGGCUUGGUUUCCACAUCUGAGGUAGUUCUCUGGCUUAAUUUCUCAUGUAGUUUCUGCGUGGUGUUCAGAGGUGGCAGCCCACGUGCUGAAACCCUUUGCAUGCAGCCGACUGGGAAGCUGGCCUCCGGUGAGCCAGGACUUCGGUUUCUCUUGUCUGUGCCCCAGCCACACGCUCUCUCUCCCUCUCUUGCGAUGCCAUCGAGGAGAUAGUCGUGCCGUGUGCGUUCACCCAGGGAGAUCAGACACACUGGUCAGCUUUUUCCAGGAGACAAUCGCUUUCACUGAUGUUCUUGUUGUGUAACUGUCUUUCUCCUUUUUUACAAAAAUAAGAUGUUCUUGGUCGUUUUCCUCUAGGAACUUUAGAAAGAGUGCGAUGCCCCCUUUGCCUUUGCCUUCGUAUCCAGCGUGACCCAGAUAGCAGCAGCCCCAGUGUGUUCGUGUGCCAUGGUCUCCUCCCCUGGACCGCCAGCUCCCUGCAGCCAUCAGUCUAGAAUGUUCAUGUAGAUUAUCGCUGGUCUUCCUAUGGGGGUGAAGGAUCAAGGGGAAAGAGAAGUAAGAAAACACCAACACAAUUUUUUUGAAAUGUCACCACAGUGAUUUCCCAAGAGGCAUUUUAGGAACAUUUGGAAAACAACCAGCCCUUUAAAUAUUUCAGUCAGCCAAGGAAAUUGGAUGAGAAUCAUAGAUACUUUUAAAUAAUUCACUGAGUUAUUGGGUUUUUAGCCAAACUGACCGUGAAAAGCUACCAAUUUUCCAUGGGUGGGGGAGAGAAUAAAUAUCUAGACAGAAAAAGAAAGACUGUUCUGGAUUCUCAGUGAAAGGCUAUAGAAAAUCUUUGGAGAAAUCUACUUUUUAGGUCCUUACAGGUCACUGAGCAUCAUAUUCCACAAAAAGCAUACUCUUCCUGGAGAGUGACUGGUGCAGUAAUCCUGUUAGCUGGAUCUUUGCCUAGAGCCAGGUUUGUCCUACUGGCCCUCUUUUUUUUUUUUUUUUUUAAACCCAGAUGGUAUACUGAAAAAUUGGUUCUCUGAGAAGGAAACUGAAUUUUCUGGGGACGGUAGGACUUAUUCCCAGAGCUUGCACCCAGGGCCAUUGCGUUCCAUCCCGGAUGCUGUCUAACUCCAUUUCAGGAUCUUUAGUUUCAUUAUCUAUUAUUACAGGAUUGUUUCUUUUCUUUUACGAGGGAGGCGUGUUUGGAGAGUGAUGUUUAAAAAGUAGACACAGCAAAAGGUUUCAGGGUGCAGAAAGACCCUUUUCAGCCCCGGGUGGGGACACAUGAGAGAAACAGCAAGGCUUCUGACCCAGUCACCCGCCACACAUCUUCUGUGUCUUGUGGUCAUUUGCUAACAAGUCCUUUGAUGCCUGAGGCCUGCAGAAGAUGGACAGCAAGAACGUUGAAAGCAAAGCCUUAGCACAGGCCUGGUGACUACACAUCAGCUCUUAAAAUUAACAAACUAAGCAAUUAAAACUAAAGAGAGUCCAUUCUCUGUUCCAGGAAUCGUUCUGCUCUUGUUAGUAAAGGGCUACAGGAAGGGCAGUUUCCUGAAUAAAAAUCCAGAUGUGACCAGACCCGUCUGUAAUAGUAAGUGUCCUCUGAAAGAAUCACUAAGAUAUGGAGAGCAUGACACUGGAAUCAGAAACACUUCUUUACGAGCUUAGGUUCUGCCCAGUAGAUGAACCCCUCCACCCCCAAGCCUGAGACAGGACGAGAGGUGUAGCUCUGUGCUGGAAGUGAGCAGCGGAGCUGACCAGACUCUGUCCACUCUCCCUGAUGCUUAAGGACUAUCUCCCGUUCAGCUAGACCAGAGUGGACAUCAGUGUCUCUUCUUUCUCUUUCAUCCAGAAGACGAAAUGUACAGCUCUAGCAUCAGCCUAGGAGCCCAGCAGCCUCUCGGCUUUUUUUGUUCACAUCUCAGCCUUGUUGGGCUCUGUGCCUCUUACCCUUUUUAACCACCUCUCACUGAGGAGCUGCUACUACAUUUUGAAAAUGUCCCAGGGUCUGUUGGAAAAGUGCCCCUGUGGUUUUUUGUUUUGUUCUUUUCUUUUCUUUUGGAACACCACACAUACCACCUGCACUCACCUGAGUGGGGGAGCAGGUUCUGUGGUUUUACAAAUGGGCCACUGAUGCCACUUCUCCCUGGCACGUGUCUUAGGAUUUUCUAGGACAGACAGAUUUAGGGUCCAGGCCUUAUAAGGCAAAAUGCCUAAACCGUUCACAGUCAAAAUGCAAUUCUUUUUUAGCCAUUGUUAGGGGGAGUGGAUGUCACUCCUGGGCACCAGUUGUUUUUGACUAAGAAAUGCCAACUGGACCUCAUGGGAACAGAAGACAAAGUCUUUCCCUGUAAGCAGACUGCCCAUGCCCUGUGUUGCUACUUCACUGCCAUGGGAUGAUCUUAGUACUGUAUCUUAGAGAUGCCCUCUCCCCCAGCACCACUUGCUGAAUCAAUGCCUGGCUUCAGGUGGGGGGAAAUUUUUCAGAUGAAACUGGUAAGUUCCACUCCCCCGAUUCACAUAUCCCUGAAAUGGAGACAGUGGUGACAAACUUGAGCUUUCAGGUUUCUCACCAAAUUGUGUGUUCUGUUCACCCAGCAUUCUUGCACUAAUGGGUUUCCAUUACAUCCUGUCUAUACAUGGGUGCACUUUAUUGUUUGAAUUUGUAACUCUGAUAAAUACUGGAUAUUUAAGUGUGAGUAAUGUCUUCAUUAGAAAAUAGCAAAAAACCGCCCUUGUCUUUUAGUGUAUUUUUCAAGGAAAAAAAGGAAAGCAAGCGAGCAGUGGAUCACAGCAUUUAUAGCACAAGAAAUAACUUGUAUAUAAGCAUCAAAAAGAUUAAGAGUUUUUAAAUACAAAAAAAAAAUAUUUGCAGUGAUUUUAAAGUGCUUUUCCAGCAAUUUUCUUAGGGACUCCUGAGACAUGGUUACUUUAUUUACUGGAUCAGUAAGGCACACAAUUAACGAUUAAAAAUUAAUGUUUAUUUACAAAGUAAAGGGAAAACCUGUGUAACAUGAGAAUUUGGCAUGGACAAAAUGGAGACCAUUUUGUAUCUGCUGUUAUAUCUUGUCCGGGUUGCAGACGUGCUCUGUUGAAGUCCCAAGUUAAUAGAGCACAGACCCUUCUUGUUCCUCUCCCAUGUGCCCCUCUUUCUAGAUAUGUUUAACUUAAACUUGAAGGCUCAGGAAAAUUCCACUAAUUAGAAUCAUGUACAGUACCCCCAGGUUGUUGUCCAGAGAUACAAGUUUGCUAAUUUAGUUAAUCCUGGAUUAUUAAAACACUUUUCCUAAAUUAUUGUAAACACAACAGCUUAAAGAAAGGUUUUCUCGGUCCUUAUAUUGUAUAGAAGUUUAUGAACCCCCAUCUCUAAAUGUUGGUAUUUUUAUAUUGCAGAGAUGUACCCAAUAGAAAAAUGAAUCAGUAUCUAAUUUAAUAUCCGUAAGUAUUUUCCUUAGAUUUUAGUCAUAGACAGUGGGUUAUGUGGACGUCACCUUGUUUCACCAUACUUCACCACUAGGUGUCACUGUGGCUCUGCACCAGGCUUGGUCUGGUAGCAAAGAAUGGCAGCAUCUCUGGAGGAGCUGCUUCCAGGCCAGCAGGCAGGCCCACAGGCUCAGAGGGUUUGGGAAGGAAGGGAACAAAGGCCUGGAAAGUGGUCUUCACACAUCUGUGCCAGCUGUGGUGAGAUAAGCUCUUUGAACACUACCUGUUUUGGACCUUCAGCCAGGCAUAGGCUGGGAAAGGUUGACCAGAAUCCCUUGCUCUGGUGGAUGGAUGGGUAUGUUGACACCCAUUUCUUCUCCAUGAGCACCCCUCUCAGUUCCUCUUAGCCUCCAAAUUUUAUAACUCCAGAGGUGUCACAGUUGGAUGGAUUGAUUCAAAGAUAGUUAUUUUUCUACUGCAGAAAUGCCUUGGACAAAACCAGUUGCUUAUCGAAUCUUUGCCACAGAAUGAAACAGGCUCCCCCAGGGGGCAGGAUGUGCCCACCCCAUCCCCACCUCUGCCUGCCUGUCUGUCCCUGGGCUGCCCACUUCUCAAAAAGCUACCCUGCAGAGGCCGCCUGCUUCUGCUCCCACACCAGGCCUGUGCUGCCCAGUUGCGUGUGCACUGGGAGGCAUGGCUUUUUCUCCUUCUCCUCAAGGAAUUCCAGACCGACCAUCUACCAUGACUAACAGCAACGAACAAAGGGCUUAGGGGUAGGAGCUACCUACAAAGACGUGUCAUGGAAACCUUCACCAUGCAAUGCCUUGAACUCAGCUCUGACUGCUCCCAAGAAAAGGUGGCUGGCUGGGGGGCCUGGACACAAGCACAACGGGGCUGGUGGAGCCACUGUGCAGAGCUACUUGAAUAAUCACUGGGUCUUCAUCAACUUUUAUAACACAGACCACUCAAGGGCUGAAGUGUUGAUAACCUGCAUUUCGGUGUCCAAUGCCUCACAGCAGCUGAACCACCCUGAGAUGCUUGUGGCCAGGUAGUGGCCACAGUCAGAGCUUUGAAAGUCAGUACCAAAUGAACGUGUAAUUGGACACCAAAAAUCAAGUGUUACUUUCAUGUUUCCUCACCCACAUCAUCUCGUUUCUUCCCGCUGACUCUGUGAUAUCUCCACUAAGCUGACCCGUCAGGUUUUAGCCGGAUGCGUACAGACGCAGGCCAGCAUCACUCUCGUUUUUUUCACACCUACUCUGUGGAAAGGAAGGAGCCUCACUGCUGUGUUGUCGUUGUAGCACUUACUGGCUGGAUUUUGCUUUUGCCUCAUCACUAACCAGAAUAUCUGGUCAGGGGGACUCGACUCAAUCCCACUGGUCCCCAGGACCAGACAGAGAGAGUUAAUUCUGGAAAAUUCAGUACUUGAAUGUACCUGCCUUAUUGUGAACCAACUUACUGCGGGGAAAGUUAGAAAUGCUGGCUCCAGAUCUCUUCUUCAUUCACAGGUUAUUUUGGAAAGCCUGUACAUGACACUUCUUUUUGAGGUUUGUUUUUAUUUCUGAAAUGUUUUUUUCUUCUUUGGCUGAUUCCUGCUGAGUGGGGCCGGUUCCUCGUCAGGCUCAGGGCAGGUGCCAUUCUCAGGCAUGGCCUCCUUCCAUCCAGCAUAGCAUCUUCAUCUCUGUUCUGUCUCCUCCAAAUCCAAGAUGAUUUUAAUUAGUACAGACCUGUACAGUCGACAAUUAAAGAGUGCUUUGUACUAUUAUGAUUUUGAUUCUUCUUCCUCUUUGCUGUCCUUUGAAGACACUUGCUGGAAAAAGCUUUAAUGCACUUAGUUUUCCUGUAGGUUUUCUAUAACUCAGAUGUAAAGGACUUUCUCUGUACAGUAUAUUAUCCAAUGCAUGUUUGUUCUCUAUCCUGAUAUAUUGAACACCACACAGUUGUGAACUCGUGCAGUGGGGAUGUCCCACACCCAGCAGAGGCAUCUAGCCCCCUGUGUAUAAGGAAAGACAUUUUCCUUUGCUGUACUUGCUUGAGCAGUUUUAUUGUCUGUACAUGUGAGCUGUGUGAGAUAGAUGUGAAAAGUUACAUGAAUGCAAUUUCCUGCCCAUGUAUACAGAUCGCCAUCUGUACAAUGAACUGUAUGUAUGAAAGCAAAUGUACUUAUUUAUAAAUGGGUAACACUUGGAAAAACA